AUGGGAAAUCUUAUGACAAAAUCUCGCAAGGAGAGAAAUCGUUCCUCAAUAUCACCCUCCGGUACCGUCUCUACCAUUAAUAAUUGUAAUAAAAACGUCAAGUGCAACAACAAAGGUUUUUACAGAUUUAUAAAUGGUCGCAAGUACUUUGACAUGGACGGUUCAUCUUAUGCGUUGCCCGUGGAUGACGAAGAAUGCGAUCGAUUGCAAAUUCAGCAUUUUCUGUUUCGCCACGUUUGGCAAAGAAACUUUAGUUCGCCCGUUAAACAAAUGUUGGAGAAUGGAUGCAAAGUGUUGGAUGUAGGUUGCGGACCGGGAACUUGGUUAUUGGAUAUGGCUGCGGAAUAUGGACAAUCCCGGUUUAUAGGUUUUGAUAUGGUCGCGACCUUUCCAUCCGAGAUAAAGCCUCAUAACCUAAGUUUCAUACAAGCAAACCUUCUCGAUGGACUACCUUUUAAAGAUAAUGAAUUUGACUUCGUUUACAUGCAAAAUUGUUCCAUGUGCUUUACCGAAACUCAAUGGAAGGAAAAGGUGAUACCUGAAAUGAUGCGAGUGACCAAAAAAGAUGGGUGGGUAGAAUUCAUGGAAAUCGCACCAGAAGUCAUAAAUAUGCCGAAAAAAUUAAUACCUUUACAUGAUGCAUUUAUCAAUCAUGGCAGGUUAAAUAAUUUAAAUUUCGAAAUAACUAAUCACCUGGAUAAUUAUUUACGGACCUACUCUUCGAAUCGAUUGACGGAUUUUCAAAAAGAAACCUGUCAAUUACAUCACCAUGAGAAGAUGGAUUCAACGGAUUCAAUAAAUAUGGCGGGAAGAAUUUCCAAGGAAAUCGUCAUAUCAUUUUACCAUGCAAUCUCUCCCAUGCUAAUACCCGCAUUGGGGGUUACUCAAAAAGAAUAUGAUGAAAUAGUUGAUAGCAUUAGUGGGGAACUUGAAAAGAAUAAGAGUUUUAAUAAUUUGUACAGAUAUUAUGCUAGGAAAGGAUGUUGA